AUGCCGACCAGACCUAUGCCGGUCUGCGUAGGCGCCCCGGGAGAGGCUUCGGCAGCUUUGCCGCAGGAAACGGAGCAGCCGGUCUCCACGUUAAACGUGCCGGGAGAUUCCGAAGCCGAUGCGUCCCAUUGCUCCGAGACCUCGCUGGGUGAGAAUCCGUUCCUGGACCAAUAUAUCGCACUCAUGACCCACAUGCAGGCCACGAGGCCAGAAAUCGUGCGGGGGAUCUGUAUAUUUCGAGUCCUUCAGAGUGCUCCGGGGCUUUGGUGGAAGGCAAGACUACAUAGACUUCAUCGGCACAGCGAGAUGGUGACAAUACUUGACGAGUUUUGGUCUCACAGCUGGCUUGUCCAUCCUUUGACAAAGUAUCUCAGUGUACUCUUUCUGAACAAUGGCUUGCCGGCUUUCGUUGCUGGCACGGCCUGUGCCAUUUUGACUUUCUCGCUCUAUGCGACUGGUCUGCUGCCCUGGAAACGACUGUGCACUCCAAGUGGGGUUGUUGGCUACUACCUGACCCUGCUGCUUUGGCAACGCAAGAAGCGUGUAUUUCUGGACGUUGCCUGCGUAAAUCAGCUGGAUGAACAACUCAAAAUGGAAGCCCUCGUCAGCAUCGGUGCGUUUUUGAAGAGAUCGCGUUCUUUGUUGGUUCUUUGGGAUGCCACGUUCGUGACCAGGCUCUGGUGCAUGUUUGAGAUGGCUGCCUUCCUGCACAGCCAGGGGCUUGAGACCCAAGCUCAACGUCUGGUGAUUUGUCCAGUUUUUGUAGGUCCAGUGUUCGUGAUCGGGAAUUUCGGCCUCUGUGCGCUUGUGAUGAUUUUCAACUUCUCGCCCCUGCCUUUAUUUCCAUAUGGCGGGCUGCUCAUCGCUACACUGACAUUUCCGUGUUUAACACUGGUCUCCUACAUUGUCCUCCUGCACUGCCGGAACAUCGAGACGAUGCAGGAGCAACUUCGUGGUUUCACGGUUCAGGAUUCCUCGAGCCAUUGCUGUGCCAUCGGCCACUAUGACAAAGCGACGGGCGAGCACCUGAUCUGUGACCGCAGCAUCAUUCUUCGCUGCGUCUCCGCCUGGUUCGGAUCCACGGCCCAGUUCGAGGCCCUCGUGCGCAGCAAGCUCCUAGAGGUGCUCGUGGAUCAACUGGCCAACCGCACCUUCACAUAUUGGCGCCUGGUGAUGGUGAACUGUCCGGUCCUAUGGGUUUGUCUAGACAUCCUGCAAGAGUUUCUGGACAAUGGACUGAACAUGUUUCUCACUGCCAUACUGUAUUGGUUGAUGGUGUUGCCAAACGGAGCACUGAUUAUGCUCCGACUGACCUACAUGGUGCGGCUUUUGUGCGAUGGCCCAUUCGAACGUGUGCUGCUCGCCAUUGGUCUCGUAGCGGUCGGGACAAUCUUCUUUGGUCUCUGCUAUGCGACGCAAGUCUGGCUUCUUCCUGGCUUUAUGACAUACCUGCAAUCGAACCUGAUCCUGGUGAGUGCAGGCGGUGUCUGCACCCUUCUCCUAUGGUGCUGUGUUCCAGCAAUCCGGAAGUCCUCCCAUCCCACGCACGGUAAGUGGACUAUCUUGCAAGUUUGGGGUCCAACCCCGCAUCCAAAGCCCAUCAAUGCAGUCGUCUACGGCUUCGAUGGCAUCCAGAACACGCUGAUUGGCGGCGGUUCUGGUGCAUUGAAGGGUCCGGAUCCUGAAGUCCUGCGUCGGGCGAUCCGCGGCGAGUGCCACUUCAACAGUAUCAAAGAUAUCCACACCUCCAAAGAUUCCGGGUUUCAGCUUCAGCUCGAGGAUCGCGAAGGCAAAACUUGGGUGCUGCCAAUGCGUGCCGCUGGCUUCUCUGUGCAGGCCUGGGAAGCGUUGAUCCUGGGCCUCGAGGCUGCUGUGAAGAAUCCCCAAGGCAUCGCAAAUUGGGAUGAGUUCUCCGGUGCUUUGCAGGAGGAGCGGACCCGUGGCAAAGGCAAGGAAGAGCCGCUGGGGAACGGCAAACGAGGAGGUGUGGGCCAGCGAGUAUUGGAAGUUUUCGAGGUGGAGCGCUUCCACCUAGUCUCGAAAAGUUGGCGGACGCCUUUCCUACCGGUUGACACAGAGAUGAGCUGGAGGUGGCUGGAUUCCACUGGGAAUCGGCACCCUCACCUUAUUGCGAAGCUGAACCAGGAGGAGUGUGCAAUGCGGUCCCAUCCUCCUGUUGAGCUGGACCGGGGCCUUUACCGGGCAACUACUGCCUGGCAUGUGGACAAGCACGCAGGCACGGACGAUGAAGGCUGGAUGUACGGCAACGGGCUGGCCUGGUCCUGGAACAUUUCAACCUGGGAGGCGAAGGCCGGCACGUUCGACUUCUUCCGGCGGCGGCGCUGGACGCGGACCUACGCCUGA